AUGGAAAAGCGGGAAUAUCGAUCCCGGUAUCUUUACGAUGUGUGCGCGGGGCCCUCCCCCGGCUCCAGGGGCAAUAAUUCCAUUCGCUUCCCGCUCAUUAGGGCCGGAGUUAAUUGGCUGAGAGGAAUUCCCAGCUGGAUCCGCUCCCGGUGGUCCCGGCGGCAGCAUUCCCGGAUUUCCCGGAGUGCCGGGAAUAAAGCUCGGGAAGUGCUGGUGCCAGUCCCGGUACCAGUGCCGGUGCAGUACCGGUGCCGUGCCGGUGCCGGUGCCAGUGCCGGUUCCAGCGGCCGUGCCAUCCCUUUCAGGAUCGACGUGCACCGCAAGGAGAACGCGGGUGCGGCGGAAAAGGCCAUCAGCAUCCACUCCACGCCCGAGGGCUGCUCGGCCGCGUGCCGGAUGAUCCUGGACAUCAUGCACAAGGAGGCCAAGGACACCAAGACGGCAGACGAGGUCCCCCUGAAAAUCCUGGCCCACAAUAACUUUGUGGGGCGCCUGAUCGGCAAAGAGGGCCGGAACCUCAAGAAGGUGGAGCAGGACACGGAGACCAAGAUCACCAUUUCCUCGCUGCAGGAGCUGACCCUGUACAACCCCGAGCGCACCAUCACGGUGAAGGGCUCCCCCGAGAGCUGCUGCCGCGCCGAGCAGGAGAUCAUGAGGAAAGUGCGCGAGGCCUACGAGAACGACGUGGCCGCCAUGAGCUUGCAAUCCCACCUCAUUCCCGGACUGAACCUGGCCGCCGUCGGGCUCUUCCCGGCCUCCUCCUCCUCGGCGGUGCCGCCGCCCCCGAGCAGCAUCUCCGGGGCCGCUCCCUACAGCUCCUUCCUGGUGAACGAGCUGCAGAACCUGACGGCCGCCGAGGUUGUGGUGCCGCGGGAGCAGAGCCCGGACGAGAACGAGCAGGUGAUCGUCAAAAUCAUCGGGCACUUCUACGCCAGCCAGAUGGCUCAGCGCAAGAUCCGGGACAUCCUGGCGCAGGUGAAGCAGCAGCAGCAGAAGGGCCAGAGCCAAUCCCGGAGGAAAUAGGGAACCCCCGGAUCCCAAAUCCCGGGAAAAACCAGGACACGGCGCAGCCAGGCCGGGCUCCGAGUGCCGGGGAAUCAGCAACUGCAGGGAGACAGGGAUCGGGAAUGAGCUGGGAUCGGGAAUCACUUCCACAGGGAUCGGGAAUGAGCUGGGAUCGGGAAUCACUUCCACAGGGAUCGGGAAUGAGCA